AGAACUUUACGAAAUCGAAAAUACAGUCAUAGUCACAACAGUGCAGUGGUAAUUAUUAUGAAUACCGGUACAAUGAAAUAAACACAGAGAAAUGGAUCCUAGUUAUGAUGAUUAUGCUCCUGAUCCUACAGCUUUAGAAAAUGAUGGCAAGACAUUUGCUGUACAGGCAGUUAACAAUGAUACCAAUGAGAACUAUGGCAUGGCAAUCUUUUUUUAUAAUGAAGCAGCACAGGCUUUAUUGAGUGCAGCAUUAGCAGGAUCACACGUUCCUAACAUUGUAGAGAGAGCAAAUGAUUAUAUUCUCAGAGCUGAACAACUUAAGUCUGCAGCUGUACAAGUUAAACAAAACCAGCAACAACCAAAGUCUGAAGAAAAGUUAAACCUGGAAAGGGCUACAUUUUUGUUGAACCAAGCAUUUGAUGAAGAUGAAUCCGAGAACCUCAAAGAAGCUGUAGAACUCUACUCUGAAGCAGUGGAACUAUUUUUAAAGAUUAGGAGCAAUACAUCUGACAAAAGUUUACAAGCCAAGGUUGAAAAGAUGGCAAAGAAUGCUUUGGACAGGGCAGAGGUGGUAAAAAAGGCAAUAACUACGAAAGGAAAUGUAGGGAAGUUACCUGAAAAGAAAGUGGCACCAUUAGGACAUGGUGCCUUCUUAGAUGAAGGGGAGACUACUGCACAGAAUCAAAGGACAAAUGCAACAAACAAGACAGCAAGGACUGGUUUAAUAAAUCUUGGUCCAUCUGAUUACUCAAAAGAAGAGAUAGCUGUGCUCAGAAAAACCUCUUUUAUUAAUGGAAGAGAAUAUGUGCCUUUUAUGAGUGUAGAUAUGAAAGAAAGGUUUGCCUUUCCUGUACCAUAUAGUGAUAAAUGUGGGAAGUUAGCUUUGUCACCUAAACAGAGAGAAAGGUUUGGAGGAUGGGUAAGACCAGAAGAAUUCUGUGAUAAUCCACAACUGAUAUAUGCCAUCUCAUGUUUUAGCAUCAAACAGACCAUUGUUAGUGACUGUAGUUUUGUAGCUUCACUGGCCAUCAGUGCUCAGUAUGAGAGAAGAUUUAAAAAGAAACUGAUUACAAGGAUAAUUUAUCCUCAGAACAAAAAUGGUGAUCCAGUUUUCAAUCCAUGUGGGAAAUAUAUGAUUAAACUUCACCUCAAUGGAGUCUACAGAAAGGUGGUUGUGGAUGACUUUCUACCAAUGGGGAAAGACAGAGAACUUUUGUGUUCAUUUUCUAACAAUAAAAAUGAGUUAUGGGUUUCAUUGUUGGAAAAGGCUUACAUGAAGGUGAUGGGAGGAUAUGAUUUCCCUGGUUCUAAUUCAAAUAUAGAUCUGAAUGCCUUGACUGGUUGGAUUCCAGAGCGAGUAGCUAUUAGGAACAAUUCAGAUGAAUUCAAUAAAGACAAAGAAUUUAAACGAAUCUAUGAACGGUUUCAUCAGGGGCAUUGUCUUAUUACUAUAGCAACAGGAGAGAUACCUGAAACUGAGGCUGACAGAGCAGGGCUUGUUCCUACCCAUGCAUAUGCAAUGUUAGAUAUCAGAGAGGUUAAGGGAAAAAAGCUAUUUAUGUUAAAAAAUCCCUGGAAUCAUUUAAGAUGGAAAGGGAAUUUCAGUGAAAAUGAUGCACCAAAUUGGACACCAGAAAUGCAGAAAGCUUUAAACUAUGAUCCUAAAAGUGCUCAACAAUUUGACAAUGGUGUUUUCUGGAUUGAUUAUGACUCAUUGUGUAGAUUUUAUGACGUUAUUUAUAUAAAUUGGAAUCCAGAACUGUUUAGAUACACUCACGGUAUACACAGUGUAUGGCCUGCCAAAGAUGGACCAAAAAGAGAUGCUUAUAAUAUAAGUGACAAUCCACAAUACAGGUUAGAACUCAGGGCACCACAGGCUUCUGCCGUUUGGAUACUGCUGACAAGACAUAUCACAGAUAAGGAUGACUUUGCUGAUAAUAGAGAAUUUAUAACACUGCUAGUAUACAAAAAUAACGGACAAAAGGUCUACUAUCCAUAUAGUCCAGCACCUUACAAAGAUGGAGUUCGUAUCAACAGUCCCCACUACUUGUGUAAAAUGGUAGAACCUAAAGGAAUCUCAAAAUACACACUAGUGAUAUCACAAUAUGAGAAAAACAACACAAUCAGUUAUACACUCAGGGUUUAUUCCUCUUGUGAAUUUUCCCUCAGCAGAAUUACUGAUCCUUAUAAAAAGGAAUAUGAAAGAAGGGUCAGUGGUAAUUGGAGUGGACCUUCUGCUGGUGGAUGUGGAAAUUACAGGGAAAGUCAUAGUAAAAAUCCAAUAUAUCAACUACGGGUGGAUGGGAAUGGAACAGAUAAUUUUAUACUGAUAGAACUGCUUGGACCUAAACAGUACAGUGUAGGAUUUGAGAUAACAACAGUAAAUGAAACAAAUCCAGGAGCACCAGGUGCUUUCAAAAAGACUUCCUCAGGAGAUUACAGGAAUGGCUACUGUGUACUAGAACUAAGCAGAAUAUCAGGUGGGUUAUAUAAUAUUAUGCCCAGUACAUUCCUGCCAGGCCAAGAAGGACCGUUCUUCCUUGAUGUCAGUAGUAGCUGUCCAAUAUCGUUAUCUCAUUUACAAUGACAAUUUAACAUUACAGCAACUAUUUAUAUUUUUAUUGCAUUGACAUAUUUCAUGACAAGUAUUUAUAUCUCAGUUGUAUUUAUAUGUUUCUUAACAUUAGCUAUUGAUAUGUUUAAAAAGAGGUAUAAGUCAUGAAAAACACUAUAAUGAACAAUUACUUAUAAACUUCUGAUGAAAUGGAAGCUUUAUAAGGAGCCUUUUAGCAAGUUUUUUUCUUUCCGUCCAUGAUCAACUGUAACAUGGUAACACUAAUUGCUCAUGAUCAUUUGUUGAAAAACAAAGAUCAGUAUGUGACUUCUCAUAUUUCAAGUGUCUGACUUGCCUAGAAAUCAUCCUUACUUUCAUGCUACAGUCUUGAUAAAGUUGAAGGGACCCAAAAUAACUAAUUUCAAUAUUGAACCUUGUAUUGUCAAUAUGGUAUGAUAUAUUGAAAAAGUCUUUUAUAUGCCAGUCCAUCUGCAUCGAUUUUAUUCAAAAUAACAUAUAUUAGAUAAAGAACUUUAUUACAUUGGUUGCAAUGAAUUGUUGUGAUUUCCCAGUGAAAUAAAAACCGAUAAUUUCACAUGUGAAAUAAAUCUAAUAAUAUCAAUCCUCUGACGUCAUAUAACAAUGGGUCUUGUCAAGACAUUGCGGAUGACAUGGCAUCAAUACAAUUGAGAAUUCGUAGAAAAAGAUAUAGUCCCUUUCAUUUUUUACUUAAUUUCCAUUAAAAUGGUCCAUGGUCAAUGUAAUAAAAAGAAUAACUAAUCUAAGAAUUAAAAUAAAAGUAUUCAACUUGUGACCGAACAACACUGUUAUUAAUUUAUAUGCUACGCACAUUUGUGAAUUAAUGUGUCGUUCGUUCACUUGUUGAAUAUUUUUAUAUAUUUGAAUUCUUGUAUUAGUUACAGAGAAAUGUCCAUGUAUCGUAUCUUUACAGCUAAAGUUAAUUUAAUUAUGUUCAAUAAAGAAAUUGACAGAGAAAUAAGCAGGUGUCUAAUGUUUACAGCUAAAGUCAAUAUAAAUUACAGAAAUAAUUGGGGAACAAAACAGGUUUAGUGGAGUAUAUAUUCAACAUACUCUUUCGUCGCUUUCUGAUAAAGUCCAGUCUUCAUCUUUUUAAAUCAUUUGAAUGCAAAAUAAAAACAUUCCAUUUGAAUAAUUUAUUCAGUAAUUUGAACUUAUCUUUUUCUUUUUUCUCAAAUAUUCUUGUACUUCAAACUUUGACAUAUCAACGGUAUUUUUUGUUCAUUUUGCAUCCAGGAGAAGGCUACAUAAGAACAAUAUACCUGUGUCUGACUCAUUUUUUUUACUUUAAAUAAAUAAGAUUUGUUUAAAUUAAAUCUGAAUUUUUUAUGUAUCUAGGUUCAAUUGUACUUCAAAGCAGUUUUAGGAAACUUUAGUACUAAUUGAUCAUCCUUGGUACAUAAUAAAGAUAAAGGUAUACUUGAAGGUUUCUGAUUUGAGUCGAACAGUUAACACCCAACAUUUUUGCUUCUUUGAAAGUCCAAUUUAGUUGCAUAUGUACUUCUACAAGUAUUUUCCUAAUUAACUUAUCAAAUUUGUUGUAGUUUUUAUGCUGUCAGCAAAUAAUUGUUCUUGUGUAGUAUUUUAUAUUUACCAUAUAUUUUAUUGAGUAAUAAGGGUCAACAAGGGUUGACACAAAGAUUUUAAUUUUUGUCUCGCCUGCAGCUAAAGUCGCAGUAUGCAAGACAUAGGCAUGACAUUUCGGUGGUGGCAGGGUAACCUAUUUGUAUGAAGCUAAGGUAGAAGACCUGGAUGCUUCAUACCUUGUUUGCAGAAACUUUAUGUUUCGAAGAUUCCGGUUGUCCAUUGUACUUGACCUCAUUUUCAUGGUUCAGUGACUAUAUUUGGGUAUAUGGGUUUCUUGCAAGGUCUACAUGUCCGUCAGGUUGGGUUCACCUGACCUCAACCUCAUCCCAUGGAUCAGUGAUCAAAGUUUAUGUUACAUGGUCAAGUCCAUAUCACAGAUACUAUAAGCAAUAGGUCAACUAUAUGGAAUGAUUGUAAGGUAAAAAUGUCAGACUGGCAGGUUUCAUCUGACCUUGGCCUCAAUUUCAUGGUUCAUUGGACAAUGCUUAGUUUUUGUGGUUUGGUCUAUUUCUCAGAUAUUAUAAGCAAUAGGUCAAUUAUAUUUAGUAUAUGGAAUAAUUGUAAGGUGUACAUGUCUGUCAGGCAGGGUUCACCUGAACUUGACCUCAUUUUCAUGGUUCAUUGGUCAAUGUUAAGAUUUUGUGGUUUGAUCUGUAUCUCAGGUACUAUUAGCGAUCGGACCACUAUAUUUGGUGUAUGGAAAGAUUGUAAGGUGUACAUGUCUGUUGGGCAUGGUUCAUCUGACCAUGUCCUCAUUUUCAUAGAAUAUUGAUAAUGUUAAAUUUAUGUGAUACUUGUAGUAAAACCUUAAUAUUACAAACUUUCAACUUGAAUUGAAUGAUAAGCAAAACAGGCGAGACAUUUCAGCGUGUGCAGUGUGCACUCUUGUUUAUGUAAUUUUUAUGGAUUUCUUUCUCUUUGUUCCUGUUUACUAGAUCUUUCAGUAUAUCCAGUGGAUUUUUCAGUCUUAUCAGAGUAACAACAAGCAUGUGUUGAAUUGCUUGACUCAUAACAUGCUGGAACAUAAAUUUUUACACUGUUACUUUUGGGUAGGUAUAAUUGAUAUAUUCAACACUUACAAUAAUUACAUUGUAAAGCAUUCUGACCAAAGACAAGUAAUGUCCUUACAGUGAAUACUAUUCCAAAAUAACAACACUAGAUACAUGUGCUUAGCUGUCAAAUAUUAGUCAAAGUUGGUGUAAUAUACCUUGAAAUGAAUUUGAAUAUUCAAUAAAAGACCUAACAAGUAGAUAUUAUGAUUCACUGUUUAUUAAAAAUGAUUGGAUUAUUAAGGGGAAUAAUUCAUCUUGCAGAUACUUUAACUGCUUGAUAAUAUUCUGUAACAUCAAAAUAUCUUAACUGGAAUUUCUGUCUUACAUUUCAGUAUUAGCAUACAUCUGACAUUUACUUGAACAAACAUUUGUAAAUCAUUGUAGAAAUCUUUGCAAUGUUUUCAUGGUAUUUACAUAUCUAACUACUAUUUGAUCUAUUAAAGAUUUGAUCUUUUGAUCUUUAAUUGUUAAUUUUCAAAAUAUUGAAUAUGCAAUUUAUUGUUGAUUGAAAUAUUAUUAUUUGUUAAUUUAUGUGAUACAACAGUGAUGUAUUAUUAAGUGUGUACAUAUGUAUAUAUAUGUAUAAAACAUGUAAUUAAAAUGAUCUUAUAUA